CCCGUUCCCCUCGUCGACACCUGCAGUGCCAAGUUGCAUCGACUCCUCCCCGGUCCUCCACCGCCCGCCGCCGAUGGAUGUGGAUGUGGACGAGGCCACCGCCACCCCUGCCUCCGCCUCUGCCAAGCCCGCUUCCAACGGCGAGGCCCCCUCCGGCGCCCGCGAGGUGGAUGUCGGCGAGGAGUACACGCUCGCCGGCGUUCUGCGCAGCUUCGUCGACGGCGUCUGGUACCCGGACGAGCCGCUGCUCCGGCGGCUCCGGGCGGCGUCCUGCGAGGCCGCGCCGCGGCUGAAGGGGGCGUCUCGGAACUCAGCGCGGGAUCUGCUCGAGUGGACAAGGCAGGGCAGCGGCCUCCGCGCCAUCCUCGUCAUCUCGGUCGGGACAAUCAUGCCUAUAGCAUUGACUGGCCUUUUAAUCUUCAUGUUCUUUCUGCUAAUUGCCACUGCUAAUGCGAUCAUCGUCUCAGCCCUGAUGUCACUGGCCGCUGCUGGCGGAUUCUUGGCUAUCUUCUUUGCUUGCUUGGUUGCAGUGUAUAUUGGAGCAGUAGGAGUUGCUAUCUUUGCCAUUUCUGCCAUUGUCAUCUCAUCAGUUGUUGGAGUUAUGAUUACUACUGGUUGGGUUGGGUUCUUCUGGAUGAUCUGGUUCACCGCAAGGAAGAGCAUGGACCUGACGAAGCAUUCCAUCAGCAUGACGAGCUCGGCAGUCCAAUCCUAUUCCGCGUCCCGCCAAGUGAAGCAGAAGCAUGUCGACUGAGGCUAGUUGGUUGCGUCUUGCGUCCUGUAUGAAGAAGCCCUCGGGUCGAUCUGGGUGAAUUACGGUAGACGACAUGCUUGUUUUGGCAGUUCUGUUUUUCACGGACACUAGGUGCAUAAAUACUAGCUCUGAACUUCGGCAGCGUGUACGUUUGUCACGGCGGCCAAUGCUGUUCUGUAUGGUAUAGUGAUCAGAUGAUUGUACAUUGUGCAGGUAUGCAGUAUGUACAUGCCGAUUCAUGAGUUGAUAAUAAAACUAUCACUAUAUUUUUUUUCCUUUU